UACUGAAUACAGAGAACAGCAGAAACAAACAAAUGAUAACAACAAUCAUAACAACUGCGUCCGCCUCCGUCUUUGUAGGCGUCACAUGAUAAAGGUGACAAGCAAUGAGUGGUCUGCUCCCAUUUCUUUAGAAUCUCCCCACAGAGAAAGCCAACACAGUUUGGCCUUUACUGAAGAUGACAAAACCCUUACAUUUGGGCUCUUCAGUAAUUUAAUGAUUUUCAUGAAUGUAAAGGACGUCCACAGACCAACAUUUUACACACCAACCAAUGUGCUCUUUGGUCCAAUAUUGAUAGGAAGCCACUGAGGACUGGACACAAGACUGGACACGAGACUGGACACGAGACUGGACAAGAGACUGGACACGAGACUGGACACAAGACUGGACACAAGACUGGACACGAGACUGGACACGAGACUGGACACGAGACUGGACACAAGACUGGACACAGGGCACAAAGCCAAGAGCAACAAAGCAAAGAGAAACAUACAAAAGGAGUAACAGAGAUAUGUACAGAAGCUACUAACGGAGUACGAAAGAGACAUCUAAAAGAUAACAACAAAGAUGGACACCCUGGAUCCCUCUGCUCUCCCAGGUGCCAACACCGCCGUGACCUAUGACUCCAAAUCAGAGAUGGUGACCCUACCAGGAGGUGUUGUCUCCGUGGCAGGCAUCACCGUGAUAACCGGGGGCGCUGAACUGUCCUGUGGCUCCUGCAUGCUAGCCUUUGGUGUUUGGGGCACUCUGAUUGGCCUAAGCGUGGUUGCCCUGGGAAUCUGGGACCAAUCAGUGCAGGUCGGGGGCCGGACCUCGCACCUCCUGGGGCUGGGAUUGGUGGUUCUGGCUAUCAGUUUUGGGAUGGUGGGCAGUGUGGUGGGCUUUCGCUUCCUGACGAAGAGGAGGGGAGAUAUAACGAGGGAGGAGAGGGAGGAUGGGAAGGUGGUGCUUAUAGGGGAGAGAGGGAGGAGUGUUAAAAAAACUGUGACUGUGUAAAAAAAAAAAAAAAAAAAGAGGGGAUGAGAGAAAUACGUUUUCAAGUUAUGAUUAUUGCACAUAGUGGUCUGGCUGUGUUGCACACUGUCACACUUUAGUAUUAGUGGAAGAACAGUCAUGUUUUAUAUGUAUGUUAUGAAUUUGUUCCACACCAUAAAAAUUUAUUUUGGUUGAG